AUAAAAGCAGGAAACGCAAAUUGUCAACACAAGCUCUUUGCUCUUCUGUUGCACGGCUUUUCAAAAGUUUCGGCGUCAGACAGUCUGGUUUCCAAAAAUGGAAGCACAGUCUUAUUUUCCCGUACAACCCGGCAUAUGCAUGGAAGAGAAUUUAUUUUCUUUGGAUGAUAUUUUGCUUUCGCACGAGCGACUUCCUAUCUGCACUGAAGUUACUUUUCCUCGGCUUGGAUUCCUCGAGAAGUCAAGCGACUCGCCUGAUAUUCCGAAGGGCACAAAAAUGGAAUUGCCUUUGUGGCUGUGCAAAGGUUUGUAUGAGCAGAACAAAAGGAUGCUGUCAAUCGAGCUCCCUAAAGUUUAUAGAGAAGGCUGGAGGACAGUGUUCAAUGCAGACCCCAAUGUGGUGGAUCUACAUAAGUUGGGGCCUUAUUAUUAUGGCCUGGGAUCUCAGAUGCUGCGCUUCGACAGUCCAGACAACCCAGAAAUAGCACAGACGUUGCUUCAGACAUUCAUUGGGCGUUUCCGACGAACUAUGGACUCUUCCCAGAAUGCCUACAAUGAGGACACCUCAGCGCUGGUGGAGCGUCUGGAUUGUCUUGAGAAAUCACUUUUCAUGUCAGGGCAAUUUGGCCUCAACAGCUUCCAGGACUGGGAAAAAGGACAAGCCUCUCAGCUCUCUGCUUCAACCAUGGUGCUCAACUACCGCAAGAGAAAGAUAACAGACGUGCAAUCGUGACCUUGCCAACCUGCUGCAUGAAACCAAUUGUGUAAAUAGCCUCUUCAUAUUGUUUUCUGGUCUUGCAGAGACUGUACUUCUCUGUUUUCUUUUAACAACACAAUGCAAUACCGUGUUAGGUAUAUUGAAGACUCAAAGUAUUAGUUGUGAAGUCAGUCUGCAUGUGCCUUGUGAUUGGCUGGUGACAAGUCCAAGGUGUACCUGGCAUAGAUAGACUCAGUCUCACCUGUGACCUUAGUGAGAAGUGGUGUAGAAAAUGUAUGGACUAGCAUGUAUGUUUACUUGUAAUAUGUUCUUGUAACAUUUUUUAAAUAAAAUGGAGAAUAUAAAGGG